GGGUUUUAGACCCUUUCUGUCAAAGAGCUCACAGGUUGGCGGCUGUCUGCGGAAGAGGAGGGAGGAAAAUAAACAAUCACACCGGACAUUGCAAAAAUUGCGGGGAAAGUUCUGAGAGAGAAAGUGAAAGGCACCAUCUAAAUCGGUAGGAUCAUUCUCCCUCGAUUCUCUGUUUGAGCUCCAAGCGGCCGGAGCCAGUAACCUCAAUUGAAUCAGAGGAGCAGCAGGAUUCACGGCAUCCUCAGUUUGUGUUUCUCUCUCUUUUGUGUGCGGUGCGGACUGAAGAUGUCGAGGCCCGAAGUGCAAGCGCCUCCCGAGAUAUUCUACAACGAUGAUGAAGCUCGCAAAUACACUUCGUCUUCACGUAUAAUCGAUAUUCAGGAACAACUCACAGGGAGGGCUCUGGAACUUCUUGCUUUGCCCAAUGAUGGAAUUCCUAGAUUGCUGCUUGAUAUUGGUUGUGGAUCAGGACUUAGUGGAGAGACAUUGUCUGAGAAUGGUCACCAGUGGAUUGGCAUGGAUAUUUCACAGUCAAUGCUUAAUGUUGCAUUAGAACGGGAAGUGGAAGGAGACCUUGUACUUGCUGACAUGGGUGAGGGUUUGGGACUUCGAACUGGAGUUCUUGAUGGUGCCAUCAGCAUUUCGGCUGUUCAGUGGUUAUGCAAUGCUGACAAGUCAUAUCAUGAGCCUCGUCUCCGACUGAAGGCUUUCUUUGAUACUCUAUAUAGAAGUUUGGCAAGAGGAGCAAGAGCAGUUUUACAAGUAUAUCCAAAGGACAUUGCCCAGCGUGAACUAAUACUCGGUUCUGCUAUGCGUGUUGGAUUUUCUGGUGGUGUUGUUAUUGACUUCCCUCACAGUACAAAAAGGAGAAAAGAAUACAUUGUGCUUACUUGUGGACCCCCAUCAUUGAGCACUGUCACCCCAAAAGCAAAAGAGGAAGAAUGUUGUUCGGAAGACGAUGACGACGACGAUAGUGACAUAAGCGGAGAUCUAGGAAAUCAGACAGUCUCAAACUCGGAUAGGCAUAGGAGAAAAAAGAGAAAGUUAACAAAGAAGGGGAAGGGAAAAGAAUGGGUCAUUCGGAAGAAGGAACAGAUGAGGAGGAAAGGGAAUGCUGUUCCAUCAGAUUCAAAGUACACAGCACGCAAAAGGAAAGAUCGAUUCUGAAAGAAAACAUUGUUAUUGUUGUAGCAGCAAGGUUUUGGCUUACAUUUUUCAAAUAUUCACCAAAUAAUAUUUUAUUAAGACAUUUUAUUUUAAUUUUUUUGUGAUGUGUAUUCGGUGAGUUUAUUCAUUUGGAUGUUAAUUUAUAACAAAAGUCAGUACAUGUGAGAAGUUUAAUGAUUGAGCUUGUCUUUUAUUUACUUAUGAGAUGAAAAUCAAUCUAGGGCUAUUAAAUUAUAUGCUAA